GAGGUGCUGAGAGAGGCAGAGAGAGAGAGGGAGAAAGAAAGAGACAGGGGGAAGAGGCGGACACUCGGCGGCAGCAGGUUUGUGAGAGCAGCAGCAGCAGCAGCAGCCGGAGGAGGAGGAGGAGGAAGGAAGAAAGGAGGAGGAGGAAUCAGAGCGAGAGAAACAGUGUGGCUGCAGUCAGGAGGGACACAAACACAGAGAGAGAGAGAAGAGAGGAAGAGAUAGAGGAGGAGAUACGGAGAGAGAAGAGAAGGUUUCCUCUCCUCACCUCACUGACCCAUGAAAGAAGCCAUGCCGGUCCUGACAGCGGGAGCUGGGCUACAUGAAACGCUGGCCCUGCUGACCUCUCAGCUGCGGCCCGAUGCCAACCACAAAGAGGACAUGGUGUUCCUCAAAGAUGUCUUCAGUGAGAGGAGCCUAGGAUACCUCAUGAAGAUCCAUGAGAAGUUGAGACAGUACGAGAGACAGAGUCCAACACCUGUCCUCCACAGUGCCUCUUCUCUGGCAGAGGAUGUGGCGGAGGAGCUGCAGAGUGGACCAAUGAGCACUGAGGAGAAGGAGCUGCUGCACCUGUUGACGUCACCACAUCUCAAGGCUGUUCUCUCAGUGCACGACACUGUGGCUCAGAAGAACUUUGACCCCGUGCUGCCGCCGCUGCAUGACUUCGAGGACGAGCUGGAGGAGGAGUCGGUGAAGAUUGUCAGGCUGGUGAAGAACAAGGAGCCUCUGGGAGCCACCAUCAGGCGGGAUGAAGCCACCGGGGCGGUGAUCGUGGCUCGGAUCAUGAGAGGAGGAGCAGCUGAUCGAAGUGGGUUGGUCCAUGUGGGAGAUGAACUCAGGGAAGUCAACGGAGUCUCUGUGAUCCACAAGAGACCUGAUGAGAUCAGUCAGCUGCUGUCCCAGUCCCAGGGCUCCAUCACUCUAAAGAUAAUCCCUGCCAUUAAAGAAGAGGACCGACUGAGGGAGAGCAAGGUGUAUAUGAGAGCCUUGUUUGACUACAUCCCGUUGGAGGACAAGGCCACGCCCUGCCAAGAAGCGGGACUUCCCUUCAAACGGGGAGACAUCCUUCAGGUCGUGACCCAGGACGACCCCACGUGGUGGCAGGCCAAACGCAUGGGAGACAGCAACCUGCGGGCUGGACUCAUCCCAUCCAAACAGUUCCAGGAGAGGCGACUGGCCUACAGGAUGAAAAUGGGCACGCUCCCGAAUCCAAAAUCCCCUAAAAAGCCUGUCUAUGACCAAGGAUGUGAUAAAGAGGACUGUGACUGUGAGGGCUAUUUCAAUGGACAGUACAUAGCUGGUCUACGGAGGAGCUUCCGGCUGAGUCGUAAGGACAGGCAAGGGUCAUCAGGAGAGGGCUCCGAUCCCGGAGACCCCGACUUCCUGACGUAUGAGGAGGUGACCCGCUACCAGCAGAGGUCAAAUGAGAGGCCACGUCUGGUGGUUCUGAUCGGUUCCCUUGGAGCACGAAUCAAUGAGCUCAAACAGCGGGUGAUUGCUGAAAACCCACAUCGUUACGCAGUAGCUGUACCACACACCACCAGGCCCAAGAAACCUCACGAGAAGGAAGGGGUGGAGUACCACUUUGUCACAAAACAGCAAUUUGAUGCAGAUGCUUUGAACAACAAGUUCAUAGAGCACGGGGAAUACAAGGAGAACCAGUACGGCACCAGUAUAGAGGCUAUCCGCUCUGUCCAGGCCAAGAAUAAGAUGUGUAUAGUGGAUGUGCAGCCUGAGGCCCUGAAGAGGCUGCGGACAGCAGAGUUCAAGCCCUAUGUCAUAUUUGUCAAACCUCGUGUUCCUGAGAGCAGACGACGCCGCAGCGCUGCCACUUCGCCAGGAGGGGGCGAUCAUGGCCGCUUAACAGACGAGGACCUGCAGGAGAUGCGUCAGUCCGCCAUUCAGAUUGAUCAGCAGUACGGACACCUGGUGGACCGGGUCCUGAUCAAGGAGGACUCGGCCAGUGCCUGUGCAGAACUGCGAGGUAUUUUGGAGAGGCUGGAGCGGGAAUCCUUCUGGGUGCCUGUCAGCUGGGUGCGGACCUAAACCCACCCCCCUCCAAUUCUUGCAGCUUCCAGAGGGACCUCACAGCCCACCCACAUAAAUCCUGCACCAGUCCUCUCCUGAUGAGCUGAUCCCCCCACCACACCCCCGACCUUACAGAGGCCUGGGAGUCUGCCGGACCCCCUCUGACUGACUGACUGAUGCAGGGCUGGUCAGGCAGCCAUACUCUGAGGCACCAAAGGGAGAGGAUGAUGUCAGAGGAAGACCUCGUCAUCUGGGGGCGUUGCCGCAGAUGGACAACCCUCCUGGAGAAAAAAAAAAAGAGGCCAGUUUAUUUUUGUCCAAAAGUCACAGUCUUACCGUCACUUCCUCAUGUCAUAUUUAUUCAGGUUUGCUUUUUUGACUUCCAAGACAGGGAACAGAAGAAAGUUUGUAGUUUUAAGAAGCGUUUUAUUCCUCACACUGUCGCUCUCAGUAGAGUGUGUCAGGUCUGGGAUCCCACUCACAGGAUUGCUCAGUCAGUCAGCUUUAUUGUGACUCCUGUUGGAGUACCUUUAGUAGCAUGUUUUUUUAGUUUUGUUCAACUCAAUGCCAAUUUACCGAAUGCUUCCUUGUUAAUUCUUACUGCUCAUGCAUCCUGUAUAGUAGAGGAACCAAUCAUACAUUCAACAGGAGUAAUUAAUAUAUGAAUUUAAGGGAAUGCUGUUCAAAACUUCUUUUUUGCUAAACCAUUAAUAUGAUUUCUACACAUGGACAGAAACAAAACAAAGCGAUAUCCAAUGUGAGAAUUUUAUUUUCUACAGUUUGUUUUUAGGAAACGCAUGACAACUGAUUAUUUAAUCUCAGAUGUAAAUAUUGUAAAUGUUACUCCUCGUGUGCCAAUGAAAGAUCUUGUAGCACUUCAAUGCAACCUGUUUACCUUCAAUCCCGUGUGUAAAAGUAACGCCGUGCACAAAGUCUGUGUGGGUGAUGUCACAGUGUGUGUACACAUACACCAACAUGUAAUGCUACUUUUAUGUACAAGAAUGGGUUUUGUACAGUUUCCUUGCACAUAUCUGUUUUUUUGUUAGACAGCAGAAGAAGAGGUGGGUGCUAGAUGAUUGAAGAUUGUAAGGACUUUUUUUCCUCGUCUUGUGCGAUCAUAAACUGAAAGUUUGGAGUGUUAGUCCGACAAAAAGAGCAUUCUCACUCUUUUCUGACAUUUUAUUACAGAAGCCCUGAAAGACAAGUGAUUUUUUUUUCCCAAGAUCUUUUUUUUUCUUUUUCAUUGGAGAGAACAGGUGAAAACAACAUUUGUUGUCAGGAUUUUUUUUCUAAGCAUCUCUAAGUGUAAUAAUUUUGGCCACUAGAGGCUGAGCUAUAGGGUAAAUUUUAAUUUCCCAAAAAACAAGGUACAUAUAUUACAUGUUAGCAAGUUACAUUACUUUCAUGUCUUUAUUUUGGAAAAGUAUUUUAAUCUGUGAAGGUUUUCUGUCAGAAAAGCCUGCAGGUAGAAGAUGAGUUAAACAGCUCUCGUUACGUGCUCAUAUGCAGAAUAUGAAGUUAAUAACUUUUGAGAUAUUUCUGUUUCAGGUUAUUGAAAACUGAAAGUCGGCACUAAUUGAGAAAAUGAUUCACACAAUCAAAAUGGCGACCACUGAGCUCCUCCUUCAUCUUGGGGAAGAGGUAGAAGUCGAAGGGGCAACAUGACAAGUUCAAAUCCACAUUGAAGCAGAUGUUUUCCAUUUUCUCAGUCACUGCUGACUCUAAAAUUUUCAAUCACCCAAAACAGAAAAACCACAAAAGUUAUCACCUUCAAACUUUCUGCACAAUCACUCAAAGAGUUGAACGAGCUGUUUAACUCGUCUCCAUCCUGCCUUGAAUUUAUCAGUCUCUGAAAGACUUAUUGAUAUUUUUACGUUUUCUGUCGCUGAUUUUGAAAAGAUCCUCUCCUAACGCACUUUUAAUGGGAGUGCUGGAAGACAAAAUCCACCGUCUUUGUUCUGUGUGAAACUUCAUUCACAAAAAGUCACUUUCUUUUCUAAUUUAACGUAUUUAAUUUAUGUAUAUUUUUCACAGCUCAACAGAGCAUUCUGUCUGGUCAAACACAAGAGGGAGUUUUGCACUGAAAAGAGUUCAUUUGGAAGCGAAUUGAGCUGAUAUUAGCUUCAGCUGAACCAGGAUUGUGGAUUUUUCUUGUCACUUUAAAUUGUUUUUAGGAAGGAUCUUCCACAGCCCACAGUGUGGAGAGGAGGAAUGGUUACAACACAGCCACCAAGAGCUCUUCCUUUGCCAUGUGAGUAUGUGAGCCUAUCCUUUAACAACACAAAUCAGUUCAGAGGAAACCAAUAAGGAAAUACAGGCUGAUAAAAGAUUGGAUAAACUAUCACUGCUACACUGGCAUUUGAUUGAAACUGCUUCCAGAUCCCUUCUGUUCUUUGUUUUAAAACCAUGCAACGUCCUCUUGAUCUUUUUAUGUGCUGUAUGAACCAAGAACCCAGAAUGUUGAGUUUGUAAUGUGACAUGUACAAAGUGCCAUAAUAAAGCUAGCUGAAUCAAA